CCCAAAGUUCAUACUGGGCGUGGGGUGCAAAACACAGCUUAUUCAAGGACCAUUGCUCCCAAAGGCAUUGGGAAUGGUAAGAUGAAAAAUAUAUUCCUUCACUAUCAAUUGCAUGCCACACCAGCCCUACCCCGCUGAUACGCUUUCCGUAUCAAUCUACCAAUCGCUAUCUAAAUCUCCCUCCCAAGAUUCUUACACUCCUAUGAUCAUUUCCUCUAUAAAUCACCAUCUCCAUCACCACAUAAUGCAUAAAAAUCCUCUCUAAAUGAAGGAGGCGUGGACAACCAUGGCCUCCAUAAUGGGCGUGUGGGCCUUCAGCCAGAGCCUCCUCCACACCAUAUUCCCCCCGGAGCUCCGCUUCGCCUCCCUCAAGCUCCUCCACCGCCUCCUCACCUACUUCUCCUCCUACUGCUACUACGACAUCACCGAGACCGACGGCGUCAACACCAACGAGCUCUACAACGCCGUCCAGCUCUACCUCAGCUCCUCCGCCUCCGUCUCCGCCUCCCGCCUCACCCUCACCCGCUCCCCCAACUCCUCCUCCACCACCUACAACCUCUCCACCAACGACCGCCUCCUCGACUCCUUCCACGGCGCCACCGUCGAGUGGGAGCACGUCGUCACCCAGCGCCACUCCCCGAACUUCUCCUGGCGCCCCCUCCCCGAAGAAAAGCGCGCCUUCACUCUCCGUCUCAGGAAAAACAACAAACACCUGGUGCUUAACUCCUACCUCGACUUCAUCACCGACCGAGCCGCCGACCUCCGCCGCAGAAACCAGGACCGCCUCCUGUACACCAACUCCCGCGGCGGCUCGUUAGACUCCCGCGGCCACCCCUGGGAGUCCGUACCGUUUAAGCACCCCAGCACCUUCCACACAUUAGCCAUGGAUCCGGUCAAAAAAUCCGAAAUUAUGGCAGAUCUGUUGGAUUUCGCCAACGGAGAGGCGUUUUACCAGAAAACCGGCAGGGCUUGGAAGAGAGGCUACCUCCUCUACGGCCCUCCGGGAACCGGAAAAUCGAGUAUGAUCGCCGCCAUGGCUAAUUUCCUCAGCUACGACAUCUACGAUCUCGAAUUGACCGAAGUUAACACGAAUUCCGAGCUGCGGAAGCUGCUAAUGAAGACGAGUUCAAAAUCGAUUAUCGUUAUUGAAGACAUCGACUGCUCGAUUAAUCUCACAAACAGGAAUAAAAAAUUUGGGGGAAGUAAAAAUAACUACGAUGCCGGCGGCGGCGACGACGGCGCCAACACGAUUACGCUCUCCGGAUUACUGAAUUUCACGGACGGAUUGUGGUCGUGCUGCGGGAGCGAGAGGAUCUUCGUGUUCACGACGAAUCACAUCGGGAAGCUGGAUCCGGCGCUGCUGAGGAGCGGGAGGAUGGACAUGCACAUCCACAUGAGCUACUGCACGUUUCCAGCGCUGAGGAUUCUGAUGAAGAAUUAUUUGGAUCUGGAAGAGGGCGAUCUGGAGGGGGAGGGAUUCGAGGCGGUGAUCGACGAGGCGGAGAUGACGCCGGCGGAUAUAAGCGAGGUGCUGAUUAGGAAUCGGCGCAAUAAGAGCAGGGCGGUGGUUGAAUUGAUGGAGGCGCUCAAAAUCAGGGCGGAGAAAAGUGGAUUGAAGAAAUUAAGGAUUGGGAAUGUGGAAGAUGAGGAGCAGGAGAAGAGGGCUUUGGAGAGUCCACAGCAAUUGCAGCAAAAUUGCGUUGAUGAUGAUAAAAUGCAUCGAACUUGAGAGUAUGGCAUUAAUUGUUGUUGUUUUUUCAUGCUUAUUAGUAUGAAAUAUUUAUGUAGUCAUAUUCGUUUUUGGACUAUUUACUUUUUUAGUGAAAAAACAACACCUCCUCUUCAAUUUUUUAUGUUA